AUGACGCAAGCGGUCACGUCGCAAGUGGUGAUUCUGGACUACGGGUCGCAAUACACGCAGCUCAUCACGCGGAGAGUGAGAGAGGUGGAAGUGUAUUCCAUUUUACUCCCCGGGGAUGCGACUUUUAAACGCGUGUUCGAGGAGAACAAACCAACCGCGAUUAUUUUAAGCGGCGGGCCAAACUCGGUGCACGUGAAAGGCGCACCCUCUGUGCCGGAUGGCUUUUGGGAGGAGUGCGAGAAGAGGCAGAUUCCAGUUUUAGGGAUUUGUUACGGGAUGCAACUGAUCGUGCACUGCUUGGGAGGGAAAGUGGAAGGGUUAGGGAAAGGUGAGUUUGGGCGGAUGCCGGUGGUGGAUAUUCCGACGCACACGAAACUGUUCGGCGAAGAUAUUGAGCCGCAAAACGUCUGGAUGUCGCACGGGGACGAGGCGACGGUGUUGCCGGACGGAUUUAAAUGCAUCGGUAAGAGCGAGCAAGGAUGCGUGGUUGCAAUUGAACACGAGACGAAGAAUUUGUUCGGUUUGCAGUAUCACCCAGAGGUGACGCACUCCGAGAAAGGGAUGCGAACGUUGAAACAUUUCUUGUUUAACAUUGCAAAGUGCGAACGAAGUUGGUCCAUGGCGAACGUUUUGGAAGAGCAGAUUCAAAUCGUGAAAGAAAAAGUUGGCGAGACUAAUCACGUGAUUUGCGCGUUGAGUGGUGGGGUGGACUCGUGCGUCGCGGCGACGUUGGUGCACAGAGCGAUUGGCGAUCGAUUGCAUUGCUGCUUCGUCGAUAACGGGUUGUUGAGGUAUAAAGAAGCCGAACGGGUGAUGGUGAUGUUCAAAAACGAGCUGCACUUGCCGGUGGAUUGCGUGGAUAUCACGGAGAAAAUGUUGAGCGAGUUGAAAGGAGUGUCCGAUCCGGAAAGGAAGAGAAAAAUUAUCGGGAAAGAGUUCAUAGAGUGCUUCAAGGAAUACAAGAAAACGGUGGAGAAGAAAACCGGCGUCGUGCCGAAAUUUUUGGUCCAAGGGACGUUAUACCCGGACGUGAUCGAAUCCUGUCCGCCACCCGGGUCGGAUCAAAAACAUUCGCACACGAUUAAAUCGCACCACAACGUCGGAGGUUUACCGAAAGAACUCGGCUUCGAGUUGAUUGAACCGUUGAGAGUGUUGUUUAAAGAUGAAGUGAGACGUUUAGGAAAAAUCAUGGACGUGCCGAGAAAUUUCGUGGCGAGACACCCGUUCCCGGGCCCUGGAUUGGCGGUUAGAAUCUUAGGCGACGUUACAGAGAACAACGCGUUGGAAACGUUGAGAUUAGUAGACGAGAUUUACAUCAACGCCAUCAAAGAGUUUGGUUUAUACGACGAGAUUUGGCAAGCCUUCGCGGUGCACUUGCCGAUUAAAUCCGUCGGCGUCCAAGGCGAUCAAAGAUCGCACAGUCACGUUGUCGGUCUGAGAGCGAUCACGAGUAACGACGGUAUGACUGCAGAUUGGUACCCGUUCGAACCGAAGUUUUUGCAAGAAGUUUCGAAUCGAAUCACAAAUCAAGUCAGAGCAGUGAAUCGGGUGGUGUACGACAUCACGAGCAAACCGCCGAGUACCAUCGAGUGGGAGUAA